UGGGAGCUGAGGAAGGUCAAAGUCCGACACAAGGAUCCAUUCAAUUAGCCCACCAGAGUGUAGAUUGGGAAAACUAGCGAACAUUUGCUAAGAUUUUGGAACACUUUGAAAAGGCCAGCAAAGAAUUCCAAUUUGCACAAAUUCUAAGCCCGAACGAAGCACCUUCGGCUUCCUCGCGCGAGUCGCGAGUGGUGGGAUUUGGCCGUGCAUUGGCUCCCAAGAUUCUUGUGACCGUGAUCCUCACCCCAUAAAGUGUGUUCGGAGGGUUAGUUGGUGGACAAUCAGCCUCCGACCUGGAGAUUUAUAGAUCAUGCUUGCCGAUUCAAGCCAAGUCCAUGUCCAAGGUGGCAGCCCUUCAAAGUGCAAAGAGCAUUUUCAGUAGAAAAGCUGAGCCAUGACGGAUCCAUUGGAGGUCUCCCGAGAGGAUCUCAGAGCGGUGUACGACCCUGAGAUGCACCUGAUGAUGCUGCGAGACAGUAGCCGACACCGGUUUUAUGCAAGAUGCUUGCUGGAGCACAGGACAGAGCUUGAGGGAAAGGUGGCUGUGGACCUCGGUGCUGGGAUUGGCAUAUUGUCCGCCUUAGCAGUGCGCUUUGGGAGGCUCAAAGAAGUCCACGCCGUGGAAGCGCUCCCGGAGGUUUGUCGGAUCAUCCCACGAGUCUUGCAACGAACCUUGGAAGAGGAGAGUGCAAAAGUGACGGUCCACUGUGGCUUUGCGGAGGAAGUUUGCGACCGACCCGGUUGGCCAGGCAGUGGAGCAGCUCUCAUAGUCUCGGAGUGGUUGGGGAUCAUGGCAUUAAACGAGGGCAUGGCUCGCCCUUUGCUCCGCUGCCGUGAUUCCUUGUGCCGUGCAUCGUGCCGACCACGCAUGCUGCCUGGGCUGCUGCGCAUUUGGGUGCAAGCCGCAAGCCCUCCAGGUGCAAAAGCCAUGAAGUGUGGGCCUAGAGCGAUCCCCGAAGAAUACCUGCACGGAAAUCCGCAUCUCCUGUUGGACCUCGACCUAAACACUUGCAGCAUAGAGGAUCUCUUCGAGAGUCCCCCCAAGAGAUUUCAGUUGAGUGGAGGAAGUGAUGGAAGUGCAAGUGGCUUGGUCGGUUGGUUCGACCUUCAGUGCUGCAGAGAGCAUGAGGUGAUUUUGUCCACUUCACCUAGUGCUCCAACCACCCACUGGCUCCAAUGCUGGAUGCCUUUCCAAACGCCAUUAGGUUCCGCUCAAGUGAAAGCAUUGCACGUGAAGAUUCAGCUGGUUCCGCAGAGCACUGGGCUUCCAGAGCUUUGUGUCCUUGUCACUGGUGAGUCCAAAUCCGAUUCUCACUUGGCACGCUUCUUCUUGGAUCGUGGCCUGGCCAGCUAUGAGACCGGGACAAACGAGACGAAGCCGUCCAAAAGGCGGAGACGACGGAGAGACAUCGAGGCCGUGUAUUUCCCGUCGGAUCUCCAAGAGCUGCUGACCUUGGCAGAGACCGCCGUGAACGAAGGAGCAAGGACGCUACUAGGAGCUGAAGGAGAAGUUGGAUGAACCGAGCCGCUCAUGCCGAUGGAUGAAGGAAACUGUUCAACGCCCGAACGUCUCAUGUGCGGCGGUCUGUGUCGAUCAUGACGAAGCAACAAAUCGCAGACGGUGAGAAGCCGUGCAUCCGAUCGCCAAGGCUUCUGCGGAACUGUUUGUGGUUUGUUCGACACGGCGGGGAGUCGCCGAAAGCUUCUUGGUCGGUGUACGUUGGCUUUGUGAAAGCAGCCAGCAAGAAGGUUUGAUCCAUCUUGCGACGAGACGGGUCGAUUGCAAAAAAGUGCGUUUUCCGAGCAA